AUGGGUAAAAGCCAGAAUCCCGAAGUUGUGAAGCGCACACUUCGGAUUCAGAGGGCCGUCUUUCGCAAGAAGACCGAAACCCUCGCGGACAUCUUGAAUAAGCGGCGCCCGAAAUGCAAAAAGGCCAAGGCCAUUGUGCGGAAACUCGAGGCGGAGAUCAAAGAACUGGGGGGGGAACUGUCUGAUGAAGUUUCGUCCUGUAACUCGCUUCUCGGUGAAACCUCUUCCGAAAGUGAGAACAAGGACGAGAGUUCAUCAGACAGUUCCAGUUCUAGCACGAACGCUGCGGACGAGGUGCCGGUUACAACGAAGAAGGCGGCUAAGGCCAAGCCGGCAGCAGCGAAGAACAAGGAGGAGGGUAAGCAGAGUGAAGGGAGUGGCAAGGGGCCACCCGAGGAGCUGGCGGAGGGGCCUUCUAAGAAGGUAACCCGACGUGGGAAGGACAGCUUCCCCGUGCUGGCUCCAGGUGAUCCCGCACCUAAUCACCGCGGUAAACCUGAUGCCGACGGUGUUCUUUAUCCUGGGUUUCCCGUAGGGCAUCCCCAGCGGUGCGACACAUGCGAAGUUCUUCGUCGUGGCUUUUCCCGAACGGGAAAGAAGCACAACGAGAACUGUCGCUGGCGCUCUCGUGGUGUUCGUCCUAAGGACAGCGCCAAGUGA